CUCUCAAACGUUUAAUUCUGUCUCUGAGAAAUCUACUUUUCCGUUUCCGCAAACUCAAUCAACAUUAUCAUUACCUAAAAUCCUAAUAGCAUCUUCACCUAUUGCGUCGUACUUCCCAUAUCCCCUCCAAUCUUCUCUCCCUUUCCUAUUCGUCUUUCAGGACGUCGAUAGGAAAGUUUCUACAACUCUCAGAUUGAACAUCUCUCUCUACUAAUAAACGUUCAAUCUUAUAUCGUCAUCGAGAGCCAGAAAAGUCAUAUCUGGCUCACGAGCAAUGCCCCGAGGAAUUCGGAAUUCUCGACAGGAUCCCGAUAAAUUUCCUACCACCCAACUCUUUCUCCUUGCAAUUGUCCGUCUCGCGGAACCUAUUGCCCUCACCUCUAUCUUCCCUUACGCGUGGGCACUCGUAAAGAAAUUCAAGGUCGGCAACGAAGAUGAUGCUUCUUUCUAUGCGGGCCUUCUCAUCUCAGCCUUUGCGCUGGCAGAAUCUUUGACGGGCAUGUACUGGGGUGGAUUAUCUGAUAGAAUCGGACGAAAGCCAGUAUUGCUAGCAGGAUGUUGCGGAACGAUGUUGAGUAUGAUUAUGGUUGGAUUUGCGUCGAACAUUUGGGUCGCGCUCCUCGGCAGAGCUCUUGGAGGCUUCUUGAAUGGAAAUAUAGGCGUCAUUCAGACUAUGGUUGGUGAAAUGGUCACGAAGAAAGAACAUGAGCCUCGAGCAUACUCAGUCAUGCCAUUUGUUUGGAGCAUAGGUACUAUUAUCGGUCCUGCGAUCGGUGGCACAUUCGCAGAUCCUACAUCGACCUUUCCAAACAUUUUCUCACCGGAUGGUAUUUUCAACACAUUCCCAUAUUUGCUUCCAAAUUUGAUGUGUGCUGGUCUACUAUUCAUCAGUAUUCUAGCGGGAUACUUCCUCCUUCAAGAGACACAUCCGGAUAUGCAACCCCGGGUUUCUCUACCAGAUGAUACAUACCAUUCCGAGGAAACCCCAUUGAUGGCCACUGCCGAUGCCAUUAAAACACCUGCAGUCGACUUGCGCGCCGAAACUUACGGAACUUUCGAGGGCAGCGUUGACAGUGAGUGGCGAAACACGCCCACUAAAUCUAUCCCUCCCCAAAUUUUCAACAAAAAUGUUGUCGCUUUGAUUAUCGCAUUGGGAAUAUUCACAUAUCAUUCCAUGACAUAUGAUCAUUUACUACCCAUUUUCCUCGAAGAUACAAAGGGUCCAAGGGAAAGCAUAUCCAUCAUGACUGGCGAAUUUAUGAUGCCUGGAGGUCUUGGUUUAUCUGUCCAACAAGUUGGUGUAAUCAUGUCAAUAAAUGGCAUUAUUGCAUUGUUUGUUCAAGCGGUCAUAUUUCCUUGGGCUGCGGAAUUUCUCGGCACUUACAAACUCUUCAUUGUAGUCAGCGUGCUACAUCCAAUUGCGUAUCUUAUGGUACCUAUCCUUGUCUAUCUUCCCGCUUCAUAUCUCUAUGCUGGUCUUUACACUACUCUAUUCGUCCGUAAUCUUCUUUCAAUACUAAUAUACCCCGUUCUUCUCAUCCUCAUCAAAGAAGCUACGCCCUCUCCAAAAGUUCUCGGAAAAGUCAAUGGCCUUGCAGCAUCAGCCGGUGCAGCUUGUAGGACUGUAGCUCCACCUGUUGCGGGAUACCUGUAUGCGCUUGGUAGCAAGACAAAUUUCACAGCGCUGGCUUGGCUUGGAAGUGCGCUUGUGGCAGUGGUGGGAGCGGUUCAAUGUUUUAUGGUCAAGAGAACGAGAAGGGAUGAGAGGGUUGAGGAAGAGGGAGAUGAAUGGAUUGGUGUAAGGAGAAGAGAUAGCAAAAACAAGAUGGUUCCUGCAAUUACAGUAAUUGAGGUUGAUUCGACUUCUUCAUCGGAAAAUAAUUCGGAUUCGGAGUCGGUACGGGAUGAGUAGGGGAUAAUGUUAACGGGGAAGAAAAAUGGAAAAGAAAAUGAGUGUACGAAAAGAUCGACGAAAACAUGAUGCAUGGAUGGCGUUGGAUUUGAGGGUUGGGAAAAUUCUAGAAAUCGAAGGCGUAUUGGUGUUUGUAUAUGAUAGCGUUUAGCGGCACUGGGCUGGCGUUUUUGAACUGGUGAGAGGGUCGAUUGGAUUGGAUAGGAUUGGAUAGGAGAUUAAAACUAAAGAUGCUUAAUGAAUAGAAUAUGAAAAUAAAAUUUAAGAUGUUUAUUGAAUUGUUUGAUUUAUAUGAGUCGGUUGUCUUAAGGGGAGG